AUGGUACAAGAAGCGCUAUCGCAGUUUCAGAUUUUGUUUCCACUGCCGCAGCGCUGCAUUAUCCUUUUGGUGGCCGGUCUGUGGUUAUGGUACUGGCAAAUCUCAAUUCUUGUCAAGAUUUUCCACAUUGACAUUUCGCAGUUAAUCUUUUCGCAUGACCCUACGGAGUUCACGCCUCGCUCUUCACCCUCCAAACUGGUCGAUUCGACUCAUCGUGUGGUAACUCGAAUCACUAAAAUAAUAAUUCCUUGGCAUAUACUCACCUGCUAUUUGUUGCACCAAUGCAACGGUGAUCAACACUAUGCACCCGAGGUUUGGUUAGUUUGUUUGUUGAACGUCCAGCCAGCGUGUCAAUUUAUCACCAUUUUUGCAGUUCUAUUCUCAAGCUCUGCAAUGCUGCUUCGCUGCUUCAAAAACAUCCUGUGGUUCGGGAACAUCGAGCCCAAACCUCUCAGGUUCAAUUAUAUCCUGAUCACGGAUUCGUUGACUUCAUACAGCAAACCGCUUAUCGAUUUUGGAUUGUAUCUUUGCCACCUAGUACUUGACCCACUGGACGAAAAAUGCAUCGUAACACGCGGCGCCUUGGGAGCGUCGAUCAACCUUGAUUUGAUCAUUGGCAUCACCCCAGUCACGCUCCGGUUUACACAGUGUAUUCGGGAAUGGCAAAGAUCGAUUACAAGAAAAGAGGCUAAUGCUGCACUUUUUAAUGCCAUCAAGUACUCAUUUUCUUCACCGAUGCUGAUGUGCACCGUUUAUUCAAGAUCACAUCCUGGUGAAAAACCUGGAAACUCCAUUUACUGGUUUAUGCUGAUGAGUUCCACUUAUGGGUUCUGGUGGGAUAUGACUAUGGAUUGGAACCUGGGUAUUUUCAAUUUUAGCUCUCAAGGCAUGGACCGUAAUGAGUUUUUGAGAGGUCACAGAAUAUACCCUAAAUUUGCCUACUGCAUAGCGAUGUUUAUUGAUUUCACUCUUCGGUUUGCCUGGCUAUGGGAAUUCAUAAGCGGGGCCGGUGUUUUCGAUGGAGAAGCUAACAUUUUUUUUCUCCAAACACUUGAACUACUCAGGAGAUGGGUAUGGAUUUUCGUCAAGCUUGAGGCCGAGGCAAGCGCUGGCGAAAGCUCCGAAAAGACUCCAGAAUAG